AUGUGUGACGAUGAUGUGGCCGCUCUUGUUGUUGAUAAUGGAUCCGGGAUGUGUAAAGCCGGGUUUGCGGGGGAUGAUGCACCCCGUGCUGUUUUUCCGUCCAUCGUUGGAAGACCUAGAUAUCAGGGAAUAAUGGUGGGUAUGGGCCAAAAGGACAGUUAUGUUGGAGAUGAAGCCCAAAGCAAACGUGGUGUCCUGACAGUAAAGUACCCGAUCGAGCAUGGUAUCGUUACAAACUGGGAUGACAUGGAGAAAAUCUGGCACCACACAUUUUACAACGAGCUGAGAAUCGCACCAGAAGAACAUCCAGUCCUCUUGACGGAAGCACCAUUGAAUCCCAAAGCAAAUAGAGAAAAAAUGACCCAGAUUAUGUUUGAAACUUUCAAUUCACCCGCAAUGUACGUCGCUAUUCAAGCAGUGCUAUCACUGUAUGCUUCUGGAAGAACCACGGGUAUUGUUUUGGACAGCGGAGACGGAGUUUCUCACACGGUUCCCAUUUAUGAAGGAUAUGCGCUGCCGCAUGCGAUUCUACGUCUGGAUCUCGCGGGUCGGGACCUCACGGACUACUUGAUGAAGAUCCUUACUGAGCGUGGGUACUCAUUUACAACGACGGCUGAACGUGAAAUUGUACGUGAUAUAAAAGAGAAACUUUGCUACGUUGCUCUAGACUUCCAACAGGAAAUGGCAACGGCCGCAGAAUCCAGCGCGCUUGAAAAAAGUUACGAGCUUCCAGACGGACAGGUAAUAACAAUCGGUAAUGAACGUUUCCGAUGCCCUGAAGCAAUGUUCCAACCCAGCUUCCUUGGAAUGGAGUCCUGUGGUAUCCAUGAAACAACUUACAACUCAAUAAUGAAGUGUGAUGUUGAUAUCCGUAAGGAUCUUUACGCCAAUUCCGUUCUUUCUGGUGGUACUACAAUGUAUCCGGGUAUCGCUGAUAGAAUGCAGAAAGAAAUAACAGCGCUUGCUCCGUCAACCAUGAAAAUAAAAAUAAUCGCUCCGCCGGAGAGGAAGUACUCGGUAUGGAUUGGAGGAUCUAUAUUAGCCAGUCUUAGUACAUUCCAACAGAUGUGGAUUUCUAAACAAGAGUAUGAUGAAUCUGGACCCUCUAUUGUUCACAGAAAAUGUUUUUAA